AUUAGGAAAAAGGGGAUUGUGGCCCAAAGAGAAAAAUGAAAAAAGGUAAGGAAAAAGGAAGAGGAAAAAAAUAGUAGCGUACCAGAUCUCGUUAUUUCAACGCUAUAUCUCCGUGUCUCUCCCUUGCAUCAGCUUUGCCUUUGCCCCUGCAGUCAAAACACUUUCUCUGACUUGUUUUUCUCCUUUCUCUCAAACUCAUCAAAGAGAAAUACGCAGAAGUACAGGAAGAAGAAGGAGAAGAAGAUGUCGUGGCAAGCGUAUGUAGAUGAUCACUUGAUGUGUGAAAUCGAAGGCAACCAUCUCUCUGCCGCCGCCAUCAUCGGCCAAGACGGCAGCGUUUGGGCCCAGAGCUCCAAUUUUCCUCCGUUCAAGCAAGAAGAAAUCAAUGGCAUCAUGAAUGAUUUUGCUGAACCUGGAUCACUUGCCCCAACUGGGUUGUACCUUGGUGGUACAAAAUACAUGGUGAUCCAAGGUGAAGCAGGAGCUGUUAUUCGAGGGAAGAAGGGACCUGGAGGUGUUACUGUUAAAAAGACCAACCUGGCCUUGAUCAUUGGAAUCUAUGAUGAGCCAAUGACUCCGGGCCAGUGCAACAUGAUUGUUGAAAGGCUUGGUGAUUAUCUCAUUGAUCAGAGUCUUUGAUCUCUUUGGUGUGCCUUAUUUGUUGCAAUUCUUCUUGGCUUCUAUACAAAUGUGCAUCUGCCACCUCCUGUGUUAAUGGUUGGCGCGCAGCUAAAUAAUAGUAUUACUAGUAUUAAAGUCACGGGGAACCUUUUCCAGAAACAAAAGGCUUGGUGUUUGUAAUAGUGAUGCUUAUGAUCUAUUGCGUUGUUUCUGUACUUGUUUGAUGGAUGGUAUUAUCAAGAUUGUCAAGUGAGAUACUUUGUCUACAUUUCAAUGGAUUUUCUAGUGGAUUUGGUAAUUGGCCAA